CGGUAAUAAGACCAGUAGCAAUUUAGACCGAUGGUAAAAAUAUUUGUCGGCGCAAAGUGGUGACAAACAUUGAAAAGCAAAAUAUAUUAGAAUGGCAGAUGCCGAAUCGCAGUUUUGUCAGUCGGUAGCAUCAGCAUUUGUCGAUGCUUAUUAUCAAAAAUUUGAUAAUCCAUCAACAAGGCCCGAGUUGGUGGACUUGUACACUGCAGAAGCCAAGUUGACUUUUGAGGGGACACAAACAGUUGGUCAAGUGGCUAUUAGAGAAAAACUAGGGACUAUUCCUCUAGGCAGAAUCCAAAGAGCUGUUACUGUGGUAGAUAGUCAAGUGAUACCAGGAUUGGGAGUAUUAAUUCAAGUCAUAGGACAGCUACAGAAUGAACAGGACAAAGCACUGGGGUUUUCACACUCGUUUAUUCUCAAAUCUAUGAAUAACAGUUUUUUCAUUGACAAUGAGAUUUUUAGAUUAGCAUUGUACAACUUCCCCGAUUCAGCUUGAAGUGUUAUUGUGACUGCUUUACCCUAUGAUGAGCGUACCAGUGUACGGGACAAUGCCUCUGACUGGAUCGGCCUCAGAUGUUUUGUAAGACGUCGCUAAUUGGAGUGUGCCAUCUCUGGGCCUCCUAACUGUUCCCAAGUUUUCAAUUUUUAAAAAACAUUUUUAGUUCUCUUCUAUUAAUGGCUAAAACAGUAAAUUGACCCCAUAAACACUCAUUGACAUUAGUUUAUAUUAUAGUGGUAGCAGUUUUCCAUUAAUUGCAUUAUUUCAAAUUGAAAUGGCAAAUAAUAAAGAUGUAUUUGCUAUGGCGACAUUAAAAUUACAUUGAUCUGUAGCAUAUACGAUGAAUAUGUCAUACAUGUAUGUACAUAAAGUAACAAAAAAGUUUUCCACAUUUUUCAGACUAUUCCAUGUGCCAUGGUUUUGUUAAUUCACAAUACACAGUUUGUUAAUAAUAAAAAUGGGACAGUCUUAUUAAAAAAACAAAACCAAAAAACCCCCCAAAAAACCAUCUGUUGCUUUAUUGCGUUAUUUGUGAGAUUUAUUUGUUUUAAGACAACUCAAAUAUAUGCUAGUUAUUACUUUAAGUGGGACCAUGAGGAUGUUCCAUACCCAGUAGUAUUCGAGUUAAACAUUUGCCCAUAUGUCCGUUGGUUGCCGUGUUGGUCAGUUUGCACUGGAAUGCUUGAAUGGUGCACCUUGGAGAUUUUUAUCAUGUACACGAAACACAAAUUUCAGUGGAAUGAAUGUUGAAUAACUAUUGUCAUGCUAAUUUUGUGUAUUUUUAUUUUCGUAAGUUGUCUUUAUAAUCAUCUGGAUUGAAAGAACAAUCAGAUUCUUAAUGUUAAAAAUUAUAAGCUUUAAUAACAGCAAACUGAUAUGUUUAAGACAAACGUCAGCUUCAACUAUGUAUUAUAUUUUUAUGGUAAAUCGUUUGUAUUUGGCCGUAAAAUGCAAUACCGUUUGCCAUAUGCAGUUUUUCAGACUGUAUUUUACCAAUUCUUAUUUUGUACUAAAAAUCCUCUUUAAGACUAAUAUCUUACAAAUUUGUCAUGAGACAUGAAAAACAUGAAACUGUCAAUUAGGUUUUAGUUUGUUUUAUUGAGAGAAAUAAAAAACAUGUUCCAGAAGAUAUAUUUUGAGAUUUAAGUAAAAAUAAAAAUAAUCAUGUGA